AUGGAGAGCGAUCUUUUUUCACAUCUAUUGAAUCUCUCAGAGAUCGCCUUGUUGCGCGGCCUGAAGAGGGACCACAUAGAUCACAGAAUGCUUCAACCGCCGAGAGAUCGACGUUUCCAUAGCAUCCACUUCGCCUUCUGAGACCACAAACUUUCAAGGAGACGGCGUGAAAGUGGGGAAUUGUUGGAGACCUCCAGAUUCGCGAAAUGUUGGAAUGGAAGGCGCAGACUCUGACUCGCCGCCUCAAACAGGAGAAUGAAGUGCUUCGCGGAUCUGGGAUCAACGAGAGAGAAACUUGGAUUUCUGCGGAUAUCACGAAACGCUCACGGGGAAGUACACUAGCGCGGAUAACGAGAAGUUCGGCGCAGACUUUGCAACAUGGCCUCGGCUGUUAAUGUCUCCUCCGAGCAGGAAAACAGAGACCCCGAUCGGCCGAGGAUAACGCUGAGAAAUAGGGGGAACUAUCGGACCGCCGCAGCGGAUUUGGAGUAUUUGCAGCGGCCGAGUUAUUGCGAUGCCGCCUUUGCAUUGGAGCAGAUAUCAGAGGGGAAGGCGACUGGGAGGAAAGCACCGCUGUGGCUGAGAGCAAAGUUUCAAAGACUUUUGUUUAAUCUUGGCUGUUACAUACAGAAGAACUGUGGAAAGUUUUUAGUUGUGGGCCUUUUAAUAUUCGGAGCUUUUGCUGUUGGUUUAAGGGCAGCUAAUCUGGAGACGGACGUGGAGAAACUCUGGGUAGAAGUGGGCGGCAGGGUAAAUCAAGAACUCAAGUACACACGGCAGAAGAUCGGAGAGGAGGCCAUGUUUAGUCCUCAGCUCAUGAUUCAGACGCCGAGACAGGAAGGUGCUAACAUUCUGACGGUGGAGGCGCUAACGCAGCACCUCGACUCUGCCAUUAAAGCCAGCAGAGUGCACGUUUACAUGUAUAACAGGCAAUGGAAAUUGGAACAUUUAUGUUACAAAUCAGGAGAACUCGUCACAGAGACCAAUUUUGUUGACCAGAUUAUAGAGAAACUGCAUCCAUGUCUGAUCAUCACUCCUCUGGACUGCUUCUGGGAAGGUGCUAAACUGCAUGCAGGUGGCAAACCUUCCGUGCAGUGGACCAACUUUGAUCCAAUGGAAUUUAUUGCUGAUCUGAAGAAGAUGAAGAUUUCUGUGGACACAUGGGAGGAGAUGCUGAUCAAAGCAGAGGUGGGUCAUGGCUACAUGGAGCGCCCCUGCCUGAACCCUUCAGACCCCGACUGCCCAUCCUCAGCUCCCAACAAGAACACAACACGGCCUUUUGACGUUGCUCGUGUUCUGACCGGCGGGUGCCAUGGGCUCUCCAAAAAGUACAUGCACUGGCAGGAGGAACUUAUCAUAGGCGGGACCAAAAAGAAUGACAGCGGCAAACUUCUGAGCGCACAGGCCCUUCAGACCAUGUUCCAACUCAUGACCCCAAAGCAGAUGUACGAGCACUUGAAGGGCUACGAAGAGGUCUCUCACAUCAACUGGAACGAGGACAAAGCAGCUGCCAUACUGGAGGCCUGGCAGAGGAAAUACUCUGAGGCGGUCCAGCAGAGUGUGUCUGUCAAUUCUUCGCAGAAGGUUCUCACGUUCACCACCACCACCUUGGAAGACAUCCUCAAGUCCUUCUCUGAUGUCAGUGUGAUUCGUAUCGCCAGUGGCUACCUCCUCAUGCUCGCCUAUGCAUGUCUGACCAUGCUGCGAUGGGACUGUGCAAAGUCCCAGGGGGCCGUGGGGCUGGCCGGAGUAUUACUGGUUACUCUGUCUGUCGCUGCUGGACUGGGGCUUUGCUCUCUCUUGGGUAUCUCUUUUAAUGCCGCUACCACCCAGGUGUUGCCAUUCCUGGCCCUCGGCGUAGGGGUGGACGAUGUCUUCUUAUUGGCUCACGCUUUCAGCGAGACCGGCCAGAACAAGAGAAUUCCAUUCGAGGACCGCACCGGUGAGUGUCUGAAGAGGACUGGAGCAAGUGUAGCUUUGACCUCCAUCAGUAACGUUACCGCUUUUUUUAUGGCCGCCCUCAUUCCAAUCCCCGCACUGCGAGCCUUCUCCUUACAGGCCGCAGUUGUCGUGGUAUUUAACUUUGCUAUGGUGCUGCUCAUCUUUCCUGCCAUCCUCAGCAUGGAUCUGUACCGCAGAGAGGACCGCCGCUUUGACAUCUUUUGCUGCUUUGUCAGCCCCUGCGCAAACCGGGUGAUUCAGUUGGAGCCGCAGGCGGCGUAUGCCGACUCCUCCGCUGACUCCAGCUGCUACAGCCCUCCACCCUCCUACAGCAGCCACAGUUUCGCCCAGCACACCCACAUCACCAUGCAAUCCACUGUACAGCUGCGUACCGAGUACGACCCCAGAACGCAGGCUUACUACACAACGGCCAAGCCUCAUUCUCACAUUUCCGUCCAACCCUACCAGCCCAACCCCAACCGCAAUAACAACAACAACCACCACAGCAGCGGGGCAGGAGUUAGGGCGAGCCCGCCAGGAAGCAGUUCUGCCGGCGGCGGUGUGGUUUCGGACACAGCAUCCUGCCAGAGCCCUGAUGGGGCGAGUUCCACACGUGACCUUCUGUCUCAGUUUGGGGAGUCAGGAUUAAGGUGUUUGGAGCCUCCGUGUUCACGUUGGACGUUUGCAUCGUUUGCUGAGAAGCACUAUGCGCCUUUUCUGCUGCAGCCUAAGACGAAGGUGGUGGUCAUUUUACUCUUCUUGGCACUGUUGGUGGUCAGUCUGUACGGAACCACGCGGGUCAGGGACGGUUUGGAGCUGACGGACAUCGUGCCUAGGGAGACGGGCGAAUACGACUUCAUCCGUGCCCAGUUUCGCUACUUUUCCUUCUAUAACAUGUACGUGGUGACCCAAAGAGCGGACUACGCUCAGAUUCAGCCUCAGCUGUACGAACUGCACCAGCGCUUUGGAAGCGUGAAGUACGUCCUGCGGGAGGAAAACGGACAGCUCCCAAACAUGUGGCUGCAUUACUUCAGAGACUGGCUACUAGGUUUGCAGGAGGCGUUCGAUAAGGACUGGCAGGCAGGUCGCAUCACUCAGGGGAACUACAGGAACGGCUCUGAUGAUGGUGUCCUGGCCUACAAACUCCUGGUGCAGACCGGCCGCAGAGAGAAACCAGUCAACAUCAACCUGUUAACCAGACAGCGGUUGGUGAACUCGGAAGGAAUCAUCAACCCGAAUGCCUUCUACAUUUAUUUAUCUGCCUGGGUGAGCAAUGACCCGGUCGCCUACGCUGCGUCACAGGCCAACAUCCGCCCGCAUCCCCCAGAGUGGCUCCACGACAGGACCGACUCUAAUCCUGUCAGCAGACAUAACAUUCCUGCGGCCGAGCCCAUCGAAUAUGCACAGCUUCCCUUCUACCUCAACGGGCUCCGCGAGACGCCACAGUUCGUGGAGGCCAUCGAGAGCGUCCGUGCCAUCUGCAGCAACUACACUCAACAGCGUCUACCCAGCUAUCCAAACGGCUACCCCUUCCUGUUCUGGGAGCAGUACGUAGGCCUGCGUCACUGGCUCCUGCUGUCCAUAAGCCUCGUGUUGGCCUGCACCUUCCUAGUGUGUGCCGUCUUUCUGCUCAACCCUUGGACCGCUGGAAUCAUAGUUCUGGUGCUGUCUUUGAUGACGGUGGAGCUGUUUGGCAUGAUGGGAUUGAUCGGCAUCAAGCUCAGCGCCGUGCCUGUCGUCAUCCUUAUUGCUUCUGUGGGCAUCGGAGUGGAAUUCACCGUUCACGUGGCUCUGGCAUUCCUCACAGCCAUUGGGGACAGGAACAAGAGAGCAGUCCUGGCGCUUGAGCACAUGUUUGCCCCGGUGUUGGAUGGAGCGUUUUCCACCCUGCUGGGCGUCCUGAUGCUGGCAGGGUCAGAGUUUGACUUUAUAGUCAGGUAUUUCUUUGCCGUUUUGGCUAUCCUUACGGUGUUGGGGGUCCUGAAUGGACUGGUGCUUCUCCCAGUCUUAUUGUCCUACUUUGGCCCUUAUCCUGAGGUGUCUCCAGUAGAUGGGCGAAGCCGACUACCCACCCCAACUCCAGAGCAUCCCCCACCGGUGGUACGCUUCACCAUGAGGCCCAGUCACACCACCUCUGGAGCAGGCUCAGACUCCUCCGAUUCCGAAUAUGGGUCCAAUACUACUGUUUCCGGCAUUAGCCAGGAGCUUCAACAGUAUGAGCUCCAGCCCAACAGGGGGCGAUCCGCUAGGCUAGAAGAGGUGCGGAUCGCCACGGGGGGACGACAAGGCAACCGUCAAGUAGAGCUGCCAGCCUUUUCUUCUUACUCAGAUGACUCCAGACAGCACCAGCCACAGCAGCAAUACAGAUCCACCCAUCCGCUCAGUUCUCAGGAUCCUGGACUUCAGUCGACAAAGCGAUACUGUAGCAGGGACUCUAAGAGGGACUUUGGGAACGGUCAGCCGCCUCCCCCUCACAGGCCGCGCAUGGAUGCUUUUGAAACCGCUACUGAGCCAGGUGGCCGUACGGGCCCCAACAACCGGGAACGCCCAGGGACCAAUCGCCCCCGUUCCCACAAUCCCUACACUCACCCAUCCCAUCCAUCCACAGGCCCCGCCUUCUGUCAACCCAUCACUACAGUGACAGCCUCAGCCUCCGUUACGGUGGCUGUGCAUCCAGGGAUGCCCGGUCAGAGCCCUACCUACCCGUCCUACCCCUCCAAUGACAGCUAUCACACUUCAGAAGAUGUCUACACUGCCCCUCACUUCUCCGACCCUCACGUGCCCUUUGAGGAGAGCAAUGACGGCUCAAAAACAGAGGGCUUGGAGCUGCAGGAUCUGGAAUAUGACACACUCAAUGCUUGCCACACAAGACCCUCCAGCUGAGGUGGGAUUUUGAUUUGCUGAAUUCAAAUUUGGCGUCGCGUAUCGAAGCGUUCGAAUCUGCAUUGACCGUUUCUUCUGCCAUCCUUUUCUUUUCGUACAGUGGCUUAAUGUUGAAACCGCAACAGCCAAAGAACGGGACAUCUGUCUGCCGUGUGGCAGAAACACGGUGCCGCCUGGCAGGGGCACUUUGACCAGCGGCGCCAAUUCGGUGCUUGACUCUGUUACUGUAUAACCCUGGUGUAUUAUUGUUCUAUAUUUCUAUAAGUAUUUAUGUGUACACGUAUGUAAAUAAUGAACGAGAGUAGAUAUAAUUUGACCGGGGUAUUCAGAUCGGAUGGCGUGCUUGUGUGUUUAUUUGUUUCGAGUGCCCAUCCGUCAUCUGUGCCAUGAGGAAACUUCAUGUCUGACAAACAUUUCAGCAUACAGUUGUUGCUGCUUAUUAUAUUGUUGAAAUGUUUGUAUAAUGCUAUGCAAUUAUUUUCUCUAAUUUUAUAGAAGUGUGUGUGUGUGUGCGCGUGCGUGAGUUUGAAGACUUUUUGUGCAUGUGGACAUGUGCACCUCUACAAUAUUUCGGUUCAUAUCAUGUCCCCGAGACUUACACUUAAUAACUUACACAAAGACGAAGUAAUGUGGAAUUUUUCAGCAAAUAUUUAGAUUCGAUCCUCAAACCAUUUCUAUCGCACUUCUGUUAAAAACACAAAAAACGAAACCUAACAAUACUUAAAAUACUAAACAGUAUUUUUUAGUUGUACAUACAUUUUCAGAGGACAUAUUCAGGGAAAACUAGAUAUGUAGAACUUCACAAUAAUAUCCAACUUUUUGGUGCCGACAAGCAAAUGUUUAAGUGUGCGUGCGGACUUUUGUGUUUGUGUGUAUUGAAGCGUUAGAAUUGAUGCUUUUUAAUUUUAAUGUGCUUAUCACAAACCUGUGGUAGUUUAAAAAAAACAAUUACUGUUUAACAAUGAAACACGCUAUGCGUGAGAUUUUAGCGGAGUAGAAAUGAAGAAGGAAACAUGAGUGAGUGAUGUGUGUCUGUUCUGAACUUGUCUCUGCCGUCUUCUUGAGUUAUUUUACUGUACGACGGCCAGUCGGUGGCGACCCUAAAUUUGCUCACGACUCUUGACUUUACAUUACUAACUGCUUAUAGUUCUUCACACCUGAGAGGUUUUUUAAUGGAUAUCCAUUCUACUGUGUAAAAUAAGUAGCAUUGUUUUACAGCUGUUUUACCGUAUGGCAUUAUUUUUGAAUUCUCAAUUCUGGUUUUAAGCUAAACAUACUGUUACAACAAGUUUUCUUGAUAAGACAUCAGUGUCUUACUUCGGUUUAAAUAAGCUAAUGAGCAUUUCAGGGUGAGUCACGCGACGGCCGAUCAAGAUGAUGUUUUUUGUUUAUUCGUUGACCUCUUCGAUGAUAAAUCGCAACUACUGGCCCCAAUUUAGUCCGAGCAGUUCUGCUCGCUGACCUCACCUCGUAAAAAUCCACAACAUAACGCCAUGACACUAAUUGGAAGUUCCCCCGCGACUGCCAAAUGGUGCAUGCGAGUGCUUUAAGGGACAAGGGUCAUGGAGCCCCCACUCCUCCAUCACUCUGAGGCUUGCGUGUGUUAGUAAAAACGUGUGUUUGGUGUCUACCACAACCUUAUCCCCCCUCGUCCAGAUUGACUUCCUGUCAAACAGAUGUCUGCCCUUCUGGAACUUUGUCCUUGACAAAGACCUCAAGAGCUAUUCUGUGUUUUUGUGUUUGUUGUUGUUGUGUUUUUGUUUGUUUGUUGUGUCUCCUACAUGUCACAUUGGCAGAAAUGGGAGAAAAAUCAUGGCUGGCAACUAUUGUAAUUUUUAUAUAUAUAUAUAUAUAUUCUAUUAUUUUUUUACUUUUGUUUUGCAAUAUUUAUAUUUUUGUAUUAUAAGAUGUUGUUUUGUUCAAUUAUGGUCAUAAUGCCAGUUCUUAACAAUGCAGGGAUUUUUACGUCUGUCUGAAAACACUAUUACAGUUUAUUUUACAUUAACGGAUUUUGAUCUGUAUAAAGUGCUUACUAAUGUUAAAUAGGAAAAAAAAGAGUAUAUAACAUUUACAUUACAGAUUCAUCAUAGCUCUUAGAGGAUUUUAAAAGGAAAAUAAUCCAUGUUUUUUACAGACUGCCAUUUGUCCUUGUUUGGCGUGGAUGUAUGUCGUUUUCAGUUACAAAGAUAAAUGUAUGCCAUAUAAUUUAUUUAUAUGAAAAUUUAUUUUUGUAGUGUACAUAGUAGUUGUCAAGUUAUUUGACAGAAGUAUAUUUUUAAAGAGUUUAUAUGUAAUGCUAUCAUUUUUUCUGAGAACAGAACUGAGAAGACAUGCACACUUGCUUACUUGUUCUCAGACAACUAAAGGUCCAUGUUACAGUGUUAUAUAGAGAGUGAGACUGUUUUGGGGUUUUGUGAAAAGCUAGCCAUGAACGUAGAAAAAAAUGUACUAGCUCUCUGAAUAAUAAUGUUCAAACACUGAUAGAAUUCUAACAAAUAAAAAUAUUAUAACUUA